CCCUCCGUCAGCUCUUCCCACAGGUCGUCCGCGGCUCUCUUCUGGUGCUCAGUUGCCGACGGAGCCGCCUCCGCCCGUCCUCCUCCUCCCAGGGACACGAGGACACAGACGAAGAAGAGAAGAGCGGUCCACGAUGCUGUGUGUACUAACCCCCCUCCGGGUGGUUUUCUUCGAGGUAGAUCCAUAAUCCCGUCUCUGGGGAUUUUCUCCUUGCCUGCUAAACGAUCUCCCUGUACGUGCUAGUAGAUCCUCCAGUCACCCCCUCUUUCUCAAAAACAGUCAGGCAAUAUACAGCAACAAAACUC